GUUGGCUUUAGCUAUUUAAACAAAAUAGAUGUUUUUUUAUUUUAAAUUCAGUUCAAAAUUUUUAAGUUUUGUUGGUUGUUUAUUUUUUUCGCAAUUUACACGAGAAAAGUAAUUAGAAGCUCGUUUUGCUUUAUAUUUGUGUGACGGCCAACCGUGUUACAAUAAAAUUAAAACGUGAUUAGCUGUAGAAUAAGGUGUACGUGCAUUCCUGUUCUUUCCCGAUAUUUCCAUAAUAUUUAGCAUAAUUAGUGAUGGCAAUCAAACCCGGCAUAGCUAGAAAAUCAUCAAAUAAAAAUCCACCGUUUUUUAGCCAUGAAUUUGUGAUACAGAAUCAUGCGGAUAUAGUAUCCUGUGUAGCAAUGGUUUUUGUCGUGGGACUUAUGUUACCUGCAACUGCUCCAAUGGCCAGCAUUUUUGUUGCAUUGCACCAUAAUGUAACGGGAGCGGAACCAAGCCAUGAAAAUCCCAGAGGAUUACCAUUUUCUUAUGAAUCAGGAUGGAAGGAUUGGUGUUGUGUUUUCUUUUAUACAUUAAUUUGUAUUAUAAUGCACGCGCUAUUGCAGGAAUAUUUGAUUGAGAAAAUUUCAAAGAAAUUGCAUUUAUCAAAGUUUAAACUGGCUCGAUUCAAUGACUCAUGUCAGUUGUUGGUGUUCUAUUUGAUUUCGUGCGUAUGGGGACUGGAUGUCAUUAUACGCGAAGGAUAUUUUAGCCAAUUGUCAUUAUUAUGGGAUCAAUUUCCAGAGCAUCCAAUGAUUUUCCUCCACAAAUUAUUCUUCAUCAUUCAAUUGGCCUACUAUUUCCACAUGUUGCCUGAACUUUAUUUGCAAAAAGUGAAAAAAGAAGAUCAACAAUCAAAAAUCAUUCAUGCAAUUUGUAGUUUUUCAUUCAUUGCUCUCGCCUAUUUCAUGGGUUUCCAACGUAUUGCAUUAGCAUUGCUCACUCUGCAUUAUGCUAAUGAAGUAGUAUCGCACAUUUUCCAAUUGAUCGACAUUUUUGAUCGUGAUGAAAAGCUCACCAAAUUACACUAUAUCAACCAUUCAAUUUUCAUUGUAACACGUUUCGGUUCAACGCUAUUGGCUCUAUUCACAUUAUACUAUGGCAUCGAAAGCAGCGCUAAAACGACGUUCGCACUAACCGCUGUUAUGGGAUUGCAAGGAUUUUUAAUAUUCCAAUUUUUCAACAAUAUUUUACGCGCCAAAAGUGAAAAAUUAGUCGAAAAGAAUUUAUUAAGAAAACGUAAUGCUGCAACCAAUGCCAAGACAACAACAAGCGGUGAAAAAUCAAAGAAAGACCGAAAAAAGGAAAGCGACUUACCGGAAGCUGAUCAAAAUGCAAACUCGGGCCGACACCAUGAAUUGAAAAAACUGAAAUAAAAACAACAAAUAAACAAUGCUACCGAAUAUAAUAACAGAAGAAAAUGCUACGAAUGAUGUUUUAAAUGGUUUAAAUGUUAAUGAAUCUGUGUGUGAAUAUGAUAUGUAUGUUUGAGAGAGCAUGUGUGCCAAUGUUUGAUUAGAACACAAAUUUACGAUGAAGAAUGUGUCCAUCCUGCAUAUUUCAUUUAUAUGCAUAUAUGCACUUAUUAAAUGGUUCAAUUAGGCAAUCGAUUUAUAUAUACAAUCUAUAUACAUAUAUAGAUGAAAAAACAAAAUCAAUCAAAACACAAAAAAUAAAAUUACCGAAUUAUAAAUAUAAAGAAAGAAAGUAUAUAGU